CUCUCAGAGUAGUUGAAGCAAUAAACACAUCCUAAAAGUCCAAAACCAAGAAACAAAAAAGCAUACCCAAGUUCAUGCUAUCUUACGCGUAAGCACCACUAUCGUGCGCCAAACAGAUGGGAGGAGAUGUGAACGGAACUUCCGGCACCGCAGCGGCGGCGCCAACUCCGUCGUUGGCGGAGCCACAGUACGUCACUGCUAAGACGUCGGUGUGGUGGGACAUAGAGAACUGUCAGGUCCCAAAGAACUGCGAUCCGCACACGAUCGCGCAGAACAUAAGUUCGGCCUUAGUUAAGAUGAACUACUGUGGACCCGUCUCUAUCUCCGCCUACGGUGACACUAAUCGCAUCCCCGCGUCUGUCCAGCACGCGCUCUCCAGCACUGGCAUCGCUCUCAAUCACGUUCCUGCCGGUGUUAAAGAUGCGAGUGACAAGAAGAUUUUAGUAGACAUGCUGUUUUGGGCAGUGGACAACCCUGCUCCCUCGAAUUACCUGCUGAUUUCGGGGGAUAGAGAUUUUUCUAAUGCUCUCCAUCAGUUGCGAAUGAGGAGGUAUAAUAUUCUCUUAGCGCAGCCACAGAAGGCAUCAGCGCCAUUAAUUGCAGCAGCGAAGAGUGUAUGGCUUUGGACAAGCCUUUUAGCGGGAGGUUCUCCUCUUUCAAAUGGUGAAUCUUCACUACUUGCUAAUGGUUUUAGUACCUUUAACCCUGAAACACCGUACACCCCGGUUUCUGAACCAGCUCAAGUGACCCAACCGAUGGCUUUUAGCUCAAAUACAUCAAGGGUUGGUGAAGCAAAAUAUAAGGGGAAGUUUGUGCGCAAGACCCCAAAUCAGCCUAGUGUAUCACGAACCUCAAGUGUGCCAGUCAUGAUUCAAGAAAGUAAGAACAAUGAUUACUCUUAUCAGUUGGAACAUACACAAGCAAAGCAGUUUAAGAAAGCCCCACAUGAGUUCUUUGGUGGCACCGGUGAACCUGUUGUCUCUGCAAGUAGGUCUACUCCCAAUUUUUUCCCUAGCAAUCCCGAUCCUUCAGGGAGUAAUGGAAAUAAUUUCAUAGGCAAUUUUCAGAACCAUUAUCCUCACUCUUUGAGACCAAAUAACUUCCCUAUGCAACCACCUUUUGCGCAGGAUAAUUUUCUACCUCCUAUUUCUCAAAAUCAUGGUUUUCGUGCUGUGCCUCCUGGCUCUAAUGGCCCUAGGUUCCCUACAGCUCCACUCACAAAUGUGCCUGAUAUUGGUAAAUUGAGUGUGUCUGAAUACCCCAACUAUGCUCAAAAUCAUCCUAAUUUCCGUCCUCAAAGUGGAGAAGAAUUUAAAACUAGCUAUGUUGAAUCUCCAAAUCCACCAGGCCUUAGUGUACCACUGAAAAGCCAUGUUGUGCAAAGUGGCCAGUCGAUUCAUCGUGAUACUCUAAACAAUAGGUAUCCCCAUGGUCCUGAAGUUCCAUCUUUAUCAUCAUCCUCAAUUACUACUCCUGCUUCUAGUAAUGGUACCUGGGGAACUCAAGGACGUGCACCACCUGAAUAUGUUCAAGGCCUUAUUGGGGUUAUCUUACUUGCCUUAAACACCCUGAAAACUGAGAAAAUUAUGCCUACGGAAGGAAACAUAACUGAUUGCAUUCGUUAUGGCGAUCCAAAACACCGCAAUACCGAUGUAAGAAAAGCUUUGAAUAGUGCAAUGGAGCAAAAUAUGGUAGUGAAACAGAACAUAGGUCAAUUGCAGUUGUAUGUUCGUAAAAAUGACAAACUAUGGAAGUGUGUGAACCCUAUAAGUGGUAAUCCUAAUCAAUACCCAAAAGAAACAUGGGAUGGAAUACAAAAGUUCUUAUCUUCCUCAGCUGGAAGAUCGGCAAUGAUGGCUUCUCAAUGCAGGUAUGAAGCAGCUUUGUCCCUUAAAACAGCAUGCUUGGAAGAACUUGCUCUUGGUGAUGUGCUUCAGAUCUUGAAUAUGGUAAUAACCAUGAAAAAAUGGAUUGUUCAUCAUCAUUCUGGAUGGUUACCAAUUACUAUUACCCUUCCCGAGACAAAAAGUGAAACUGGUAGUGAAACCAGUGCUUGAUCAAACUAAAAUCAGUUUGGUACUGAGAAGUGGCCCAAGUAAGUGGUCAUAGUUGCUACAUACUAAAUUCGAGACAUGGGCAUGGGCCACUUAGAAUUACAAUCAUAAGUGUCUAAAAGUCAUGGUGAAUGGGAACGUGUAGAUCAUGAAUCAAGUAAGUAGUUUUAGGUUAUUCUCUCCCUCUCUCCCCCUCUCUCUCUCCCUCUCUCUUUUUCUUUUCUUUUUUAAAUCUUGUUUGGUGGGAAACUCUGAUGGGCGUAUGUGGAUAGAAGGAAAGCCGCUUAUGGGUUUGGACAAGUAUAAUCCAGUAUUGAAUUUUUCUGUGGCAGAGUUUGCAGUAGUAAGUUGCAUUACGUGGAGUUUAUCCAUUAUGGCCCUUCAUUUUACAUUUGUGGAAAUUGCAUAAAAAGAAUUAAGCUAAAGCCUUAUUUUUCCACAGUAGCUUGUGUUAAGAAUAUUACUGCUAGUAAAUGUUGGAGAUCUUCUGUUUGAACUCUUAUAUUUAGAAGGAAAUGAUGCAGCCACUGUUACCAUGGUUAGUUCGAAUUAUGUACCAUCUGCGGUGUGGCAAAACAUUAUUAUGUUUUGCUGUAUUGAUAUGUGAAACAACUUGCAUGGAUACAAAUUUUGUUGAAGACGGUUCAAAACUGAGACUUAUGGAUACUUGACGGUUCAUUUGGUGUAUGGGAACAAAGUUAACAGUGGAAAAGAUUGAAGCAAGCCUACGAUGAUAUUAGUGAAGCUCUUGAAGUAUGCUCAUGGGAGAAAGAUGUUCUAUUUCAAUCAACCUACCUCUUGGUGAUGCCUGUUGAAGAUAUAUGACUGAGUGUGUUAUCCAUUGCUAUUUAUGCAAAGUACAUGCUUGAUUUCUGGGUCAUGGAGGCAAAUGUCAUUACUAAAUUCCUACUGUAGUAGUGGAAGAUGUUAGCUGAAACUUCAUAUUGAUAUUUCUGCUUGAUUUCAAUUGGCUGUAUCCUUAAUCUAAGGGUAAAUAAAAAAAUUCCUGAGUGACUGCAGAUAUUAUAAAUAUGAACUGUUUGUUUUGUAA